AUGCUCAUUAUGUGCAAAGGACUAGCCACGUUUUCCACCUGCUGCCUGGAAAGGGCGAAGGAGCUGAGAGCAAGGUUGGGGGGCUUUCUGCAAAAACCCGAUUGGAAUUUUACCUGCUGCAAAAUUGGCAAGCACAAGCCAACUUUGGAAGAAUGCCUCAGGUGGAAGGAGUCUUUUGAGAGGCUGCUUUCUUGUAAAUAUGGACUGUGCGCUUUCACCGCUUUUCUGGUUUCCGAGUUCAGCGAAGAGAACAUAGCCUUUUACUUCAUCUGUGAGGAGUAUCGCCAAACCAAGGUCCUGAGCAAACUGCCCUCGAAGGCCCAAAAGAUCUACGAGGAGUUCAUCUGCUCAGACGCCCCAAGAGAGAUAAACAUCGACCAUGAAACCCGUGACAUCACCCGAGACAACAUGGCCUCUCCUUCGUUGUCUUGCUUUGACUUGGCUCAGCACAAAAUCUACCUGCUCAUGGCCAAAGACUGCUACCCACGUUUCCUCCGCUCCCAGGCUUACAGGGACCUCCUGCACCAGGCCAAGUCCCCCAAGAGCCUCCAGAGACCCCAGAAGAAAGCCUGA